AUGGACGGAGGGAGUUUGGACAUGGUGCUGAAGCACGCCGGCCGAAUGCCCGAGCCAAUUGUGUCUCGUAUCCUAUAUGCCGUUCUUUGUGGCCUUGAAUAUCUGCGUAAACAACUCAGUAUGAUUCACAGGCGGGUAGCAUAUCACUUAGCUUUUACCUUCCUAGUCACUUCUAGACAUAAUCGAUCGAGAGACGUGAAGCCAUCGAAUAUUCUGAUGCGUCGUAAUGGUGAGAUCAAGCUGUGCGAUUUUGGGGCGAGUGGCAAAUUGAUUGACUCGGUGGCGCACUCUUUUGUGGGCUCGCGAUCUUACAUGGCGCCGGAGCGCAUUUCCGGUCAGUCCUACAGCACAUCCUCAGAUGUGUGGAGCCUUGGAUUAACCCUUAUAGAAUUAGCCACCGGUCGUUAUCCCAUUCCCGCGAUCGAAAACGAAACACAAUACUACACCGGAUUUUCUAAUGAUCGACAAACUAACCUUAAGGAGCAUAUUGAUGCUGCUCGAGAGGGUCGAAAGCUGCCGCCCGUGACAACCUCAGAACAGUUACCAUUGUCUAUCUUCGAACUGUUGGUACUUAUUGUGGAGCAGCCAUUGCCUCGCCUGCCACGGACCUGCUUCAGUGACGACUUCAUAGACCUUGUGGCUUCCUGCCUCCGCACAGAGAGCGUUGAGCGACCAUCGCUGGAGGUUCUUCAACACCACGCUUUUGUCACUACGGUGGCGGGCCUAGUUCCCGCUGGAGCAAAUAGACGCAGCAGCAUUCGAUUUCGUGAUGUCUCUACCACUGCUACUGCUUCUAAUACUCCCGGCGGCUCUCAAGACACCAACGUUGAUUUGAAUAUGGAUGAUAUCGCCUUCUACCUCUCCCACAUCCUACCACCUCACGACGGCAUCGGCUAG